AAUGUCUGGACAAUGUUGCUAAAAAUAUAAAGCACGUGGAGCUCAAGAUGGCGAUUACCAAAAAAUCCCAUGUUCAAUCACUUCCCGAAAAUGUUGCUUUAGAAACGACCAAGCAGAAGGAUUUUGUUCACAAAGUAAAAAAGAUUCAAGAAAAGUAUGAAGAAGGUUUAAAACCAGACAGAGGUGUCAUUUACCUAGGUCAUAUACCACAUGGAUUCUACGAGACAGAAAUGAAAAGCUUUUUCUCACAAUUUGGAAGAGUAACAAGACUAAGAUUAUCUAGAAGUAAAAAAACAGGAAAUUCCAAGGGUUAUGCUUUUAUUGAGUUUGAAGAUGCAGAGGUGGCCGAAAUUGCUGCUGAAACUAUGAACAAUUAUCUUAUGUUUGAAAGAUUGCUUAAAUGUCAAGUAGUUACUUCAGAAAAAGUUCACCCCGGUUUGUUCAUUGGUUCACAUCGAUCAUUUUCUAAGCCAAAAUCAACCAAUAUUUCUAUAGUACGACACAAUUCAACUAAAUCUGUAGCCAAAGAAAAAAAGUUAAAAUUAAAAGCCAUUUCAAAGCAGCAGAAGAAAUUAGCUAAAUUAGCUGAACUUGGUGUAAAAUUAGAGUUAAAUAGUAUAUUAGUUUCUUCACCCACGACAAAUAAAAAGGGGACAGUUACACCUAAAUUUGCAAUGGAAGAAAAGAAACGGGUGGUGGAUGAAACACCAGUACAGAGAAUUGUACCAGAAAAAAUUACAACACCAGAAGGUGAAUUAAUGGUAUUAAUGGAGGAUGAAAGUGAAACAGAAAUAUCUUUUAAAACACCCCCUAACUCCAUUAGGUCCUCAAAACUCACAGCUUCAGGAAAGCGAAAAAAACCUGCAGGUGACACACCUCGGACAAGUAAAGUAGGGAAGAAAGAAACUAUAGAACCGAUUGAGCUUUCUCUUCAACAAGAUACAGAAGUCAUGUCACCAGAAAAAGCAAAGGAAGCAAUACGCAAAAAGGACAAACCAGCAACAAAGAAAGCUAAAAAACAAACUGCAAAAACAACAGUUGGUUCAGCUGAAAAACCAAGAAAAAUGGAGACCAGAUCAUCAUCGCGAAAGAUAACCUUAACUUCAAAAGAAAAGUUAAAAGCACCUCCCACCAAAUCUAGACGUCAAAAAUGAAGAUGUUAUUAACAAAUUAUUUGAUCAUGGACUGGUGAAAUUGUAUUUAAAUGAAAUAAAUUGAAAUGUGUAGAAACACUUUGUUAUGGGAUGAAGUUUUUUAAUAACUGACAAAUUUGAAACGAAGGUGCUAUUAGUGGACAAGACAACUAAUAACUGUAAUUGUGCUUUAUUUUUUGAAAGUUACCAUGAUUUCAAAACUUGUAAAUAUUGAUAAUAAAUCAACAUAAAUAAUUGGA